UAUGAAGCAAAAUAAGGACAGCAACAGGGAGCAAUGUACAGAGAGGAUAACAUGAAAUCAAAGGCGAGGGAGCAAGGAAAGUGGAGAUGGAGGCCAAAACAAAAAAAUCCAGCAUGGCCCGAAAUGGAGCUCAAGGUUAAUCAAGAAGAGUCCGAAUGGUUGGAGAAAUGUUUUGUAGGGAUAGUACACUCUGCAACAAUGAUUCCAACAUUACAGGAGAAAUUCUUCAUGGAGGGGGUUUUUUUCUGCAAAAUCAGAGUAAUGGGAGGUAGAAUGGUUUUACUAGAAAGGUAUGACUAUGAAGACUUAAAAGAGCUGAUUGAAACUGGCCGGGAUUGGCCAGGACGCUGGUUUUUAGAGAUCAAACCAUGGUCUCUAACCACAGUCGCAGUAGAGAGGUUUGUGUGGAUAAAAUGUUUGGGACUGCCCUUACAUGCAUGGAAAUCAGAAUAUUUCCAAUCUUUUGGAAAUCUUUGGGGCACUUUUGUAUCUCUCGAUGACAGUACAAGCAGGAAAAAACGCCUAGAUGUGGCCAGAUUUCUCAUAACAAUACCCAUGAUGGAAUCCAUCUCGAAAUCCUUAGAUAUUAAGGUUAAUGGGGUUAUGUAUCAUAUCAAGUUCUUUGAGGAGGAACAUAACAACGGUUUCUACAUAAUGGAUUCGGAUUUCAAAAUCAAAGGGGACAAUCACAUAGAUGAAGAACACACAGAGGAGAGCUCUGGCGAUGAAGAGCACAGCUCAAUUGGCUCGGAAUUCAAGCAUACAGAGGAAGGCGCAGAAGCUGAAAUUGAGUCAGUAGACCUAUGGGUAUUGGAAACAGUGAUGGAAGAAGGUGAAAAGAAACUUGAUGAGGUGGCAUGCAUACCGGAUAACACAUCAGCACAGAAGUCAGUGAACACUCAAAAUGGUCAACAAAAGCAAAAGACUCGCACAGCUGAAGAAUUCAAAUAUGCAAAUAACGUGCAAGAGGAGGAAAUGACAAAAAGGAAGGAGGCAGAAGGGAUUGCAACGAACAGAUUUGUAAGAACACCCAACAAGCAUUUAAUGCUUGAAGGGCUCGAGGAGGAUGUCAGACAGCAGAAUACAAAGAUGGGCGUCUGCAGUAAUGGCAUGGAGACUGGAAAUAAUUCAAAAGGGGGUUCCAGCGCAGAAGGCUCUUGGGAAAGCAGUGCAAAUAACAUAAUGGGCCUAACGUGGAAGGCUGGAAGGAGAAAUGGGCCUAAUGGAUCGGGAAAUACAACAAAGCCCAAGGAGAGGAGUAAUGGGCUUGAGGAGGAUGUCAGACAGCAGAAUACAAAGAUGGGCAUCUGCAGCAAUGGCAUGGAGACUGGAAAUAAUUCAAAAGGGGGUUCCAGCAAAGAAGGCUCUUGGGAAAGCAGUGCAAAUAACAUAAUGGGCCUGACGUGGAAGGCUGGAAGAAGAAAUGGGCCUACUGGAUCGGGAAAUACAACAAAGCCCACGGAGAGGAGUAAUGGGCUAAAGGAUAAUGGGAAUUCAUCAAACCCAUUAGCCUUACAAAGGCCUAAUGAAAUGAAAAAAAGGAGACAACAUGCGGCAUUAGAAGAUACAGGCUUCACCUGGGAGAUUUCUGAAAUAUACAUGCAAUCAGGAGGAUUACAAGGCUUUCAAUUACAGAGAAAGAAAAAGGGGAAGAAGCUUGUAACAGAGAAGAUGACACAGCAGGUCGGCUUUGAAGCAGAUCCAGGUCAAGCAGUGGCGAAUGACUCCAUUAAUGACAGCAAUAUCCAAAAUUGCAAUAGGGGUAUCAUAGUGAAAGACAAUAUCAAAGACACAGAAGCUUUAUGGAAUCGAAUUAAGGAUCUAGGGAUCUCAACAAUAGGGGAUGAAAUACCGAUGUUGCACAAGCUUGAGGAGAUGGAAAUGCGGGAUAAAGAAGAAAAAAAAAGGACAAAUCAAGCGCUCCCAACCAGGAAUGAAAUAAAUGAAAUCUCCGUAGGAGGCAAGGUAUUGAAGCAAGUGGAAGAGAUUAAAAAAGGUAUCAUGAAGUACUAUGCAAGCUUAUUUACUGAUGAAGGAUGGAAGAGGCCAACUUUAGAGGGGUUGAACUUCAAGUCAAUAUCGGAGGCAAACAGAUGUAUGCUCACACAACCGUUCACUGAAGAUGAAGUGAAAUUGGUAGUUUGGAGUUGUGACAGCUCCAAAGCACCAGGUCUAGACGGGUUUAGCUUCGGUUUGUUAAAAAAUGAAUGGGAGGUGAUUAAAGUUGAUGUCAUGAAGUUCCUCACAGAUUUUCAUAAAAAUGGCAGAUUGGUAAGGGGCUCAAAUGCCUCCUUUCUUGUUUUAAUACCGAAGACAGAAAAUCCCCAAGGCAUCAAGGAGUAUAGACCUAUCUCUCUAAUUGGAUGUCCCUACAAAAUUCUGGCCAAAUUGUUAGCAAAUAGACUCAGCAAGGUACUAUCCACAAUCAUCGGAGAGACACAAUCAGCAUUCAUUAAGGGAAGACAGCUACUUAAUGGAGUGAUGGUCACGAAUGAAGCAAUUGAAGGGAUGAGGAAGAAAAAAUCCAAGGGCUUUAUCUUCAAAAUUGACUUUGAAAAAGCAUAUGACAAUGUCAGUUGGUCUUUUCUUGAUUAUAUGAUGGAGAGAAUGGGCUUCAAUAAAGUCUGGAGAGGAUGGAUAUCGGAAUGCUUAAAAUCUAGCAUAGUGUCCGUUCUAAUUAAUGGAAGUGCCACCAAAGAGUUUGCCAUGUCAAGGGGGCGCAGGCAAGGAGACCCGCUAGCCCCAUUCCUAUUUUUGAUAACGGCAAAAGCUAUAAAUGGACUAACUUCAACAGCUAUUGCAAAAGGCUUCCUUCAGGGAGUAAUAGUCGAAGAUGGAGAGCUAAGGAUCAGCCACUUACAAUUCGCAGAUGACACAUUAUUUAUGGGUGAAGCAACAAAAAAUAAUAUAUGGACAGUUAAAUGCAUCAUGAGAGCAUUUGAACUGGUGUCCAGCUUGAAGGAUAGAUUCUCUUCCCUGCAAAUAUCUGGGAGUGCCAUUAGGGGCAAACCCGAGGAGAAUAGACACUUGGAAACCCCUAAUCGAGAAGUGCAGAAGAAAACUCUCAUUAUGGAAACAUCGAUUCCUAUCUUUUGGAGGAAGAAUCACCCUCAUAAACACUGUGCUAUCAAGUCUACUAGUGUUUCUGAUGUCAUUCCACCUACUCCCUAAAAAGGUAAUAUAUGAACUUGAUAAAAUUAGAAGGAAUUUCUUAUGGGGGGGGCAUUGGGGAGGGUAGAAAGAUUGCAUGGGUGUCUUGGGAUAGAGUUUGCUGUACAAAAAAAAGAGGGAGGUUUAGGGGUAAAAAAUUUGAGAUUGUUUA